AUGGGAGAAUUUUACACAACAGUUCAGGCCAGCCUGUUCUUCUUGACGCCAGACGAAUUGCACAAGCAGCAGCGGCCUUAUACGUUCAAAUUCCCACCCAACAAUGGAUGCCCUCAGAGCAACAUGGUCCACCAGAAAAUAGAUGGCAUUACCGUUGAGGAUAUGCGGGGACGAGAAGAGCAGUUCCAGCUCGAGCGCAAUGGCUUCACUGUUCUAAAGAUACGAAAACGGAGCCCCAUGUAUCCGAUAUCGGAUGGAACGACUAAGGUGCUCCUAGACUUCUAUAUCUCACAAACUACAAUGCUGAUUGUCGUUGCCGGAAGCUUCUGGAAGCCGCUUCGAGGCCCCCUAAAUGACUGGCCUCUAGUACUCUGCGACUCAUCCUUGAUUGAUGUUCGCAAGGAUCUGGCGAUAGCGGACUUACUUUACCCGAACCUUGCGACAGAAAAUAGCAUCCUGUACUAUAGGGAUGGGCUCAAGUGGUACUACUUGAGCGAUCACGACCCGAAUGAGAUCAUCGUAUUCAAGCAGAUGGACUCGUUGAGAUCAGCCUGUCCAGGUGUUCCACAUGCGUCUUUCUGGAAUUCUCUAGCAUCAGAGCAAGAACCACCACGAGAGAGUAUCGAGGGCCGCGCGAUGGUAUUCUACGAUUGA